AAGACCAAUUGCUAAUUCUUGACGUGUCAGCACUGGUCGCCAGUGCUUUUGCCCUCUCCCUUGUACCCGCCAUUACCAAGGUUUUGCUUCUCGAUGAGCUCAAAACAUAUUUAGUAAUUUCUUGACAGUUUAUCCAUCGACUGCAAUGGACCGUCCAAGUUUGGUUUCCCUCUUUUCUCGUAUUCUCAUUACCCUUUGUUUUGGAAUUGCACAACCGCAACAAUUUUGUUCCAACAAGGGAACCUAUUCUGUAAAUAGUACCUACAGCUAUAAUCUCAAUCUACUACUCUCUUCUCUCCCUUCAAGCAUAGCAGAGAAUGGUAUCUUCUACAAAGCCACAGUAGGCCAAGGCCCUGACAAAGUCUAUGCUCUGGCCCUUUGUAGAGAAGAUCUUCCCUCAGAAAAAUGCUACAGUUGCGUUAACACUACUAGCCAAGGCAUUAAACAGCAGUGUCCUAAUCAAAAAGAAGCACUCGUGUGGACGGGUUCUAAUUGCCUGGUAAGGUAUGCGAACCGUGAUAUUUUCGCCAAGAUGGAGGAAAUACCUCCCUUCUGCAUAUCCAAUCCGAAUGAUUUCUCUGGAGAUUUUGCUAAAUUCAACGAGACACUACAUGAUUUGAUGGAGAAACUUAUAACUCAGGCUUCUUCGGGUCCCAAGUUUGCAACAGGAGAUGUGAACUUCACAAAACCGAUAUAUGGUCUGGUGCAAUGUACCCCUGAUAUAUCAGAGCGUGAUUGCGGAAUUUGUCUACAGAAGGGAAUGGGAGAAAUGGAAAGCUGUGCUGGUGGACGCGAAGGAGGAAGAGUUCUUAGUCCAAGUUGCAUAGUUUGGUUUGAGGUAUUUCGUUUUUAUAUCCCUGCUGGUACUGUAGAUGCUCCGCUACAAUUUCCUCCAGGCGCGGCUAUCUUACCUCCUCAGCCACCAUCUCCUCCAAGUCCCGCUAACGUAUCCCCUCUCAACGAGACAAGAAACAAGAUUGUUAUUAUCAUUGUUGCGGCUGUAGCCAGCUUAGUUACCCUUAUCACAAUCAUUUGUGCUCUUUUCCUAUGGAGAAGGAUGAAGCAGAAAGUUGAGAAUGAUGAUGAGAUGAGAAUGCUAGAAUCCUUGGAAUUCAACUUCAGUACCUUGAAAAUAGCAACAGAUGAAUUCAGCAAUGAUAAUAAGCUUGGACAAGGUGGAUUUGGUUCAGUUUACAAGGGAGUGCUUCCAAACGGACAAGAAAUUGCUGUCAAAAGGCUAUCCGGCUAUUCUUCACAAGGUGAAAUAGAAUUCAAGAAUGAGAUUCUGUUAUUGGCUAAGCUCCAACACAGAAAUCUUGUUAGCCUUGUAGGUUUUUGCUCCGAAGGAGAGGAACGAAUCCUUGUUUAUGAGUUUUUGGGGAAUGGCAGCCUUGAUAAAUUCAUAUUUGAUCCAAUCAAGAGCACCCAACUGAAUUGGGAAACAAGGUGCAGAAUCAUCAGCGGCAUUGCUAGAGGAAUUCUUUAUCUUCAUGAAGAUUCUCGUCUUAGGAUCAUUCAUCGUGACCUGAAAGCUAGCAAUGUCUUGUUAGAUGAAGAGAUGAAUCCUAAAGUUUCAGAUUUUGGCUUGGCAAGGCUGUUUCAACCAGAUCAAACCCAACGCAUUACCGGCAGAGUUGCGGGGACCUACGGCUACAUGGCUCCAGAAUAUGCCUUGCACAAUCGAUUCUCAGUGAAAUCUGACGUCUUCAGUUUUGGAGUGUUGGUUCUAGAGAUAGUAACUGGUAAGAAAAACAGCUGGCUGAACAAUUCGGAGGAACUAGAGCUCCUUCUAAUCCAUGUAUGGAGAAAUUGGAGAGAAGGAACAGCUACGAACCUGAUUGACGAAACAUUGAGGGGCAGUCCAGUAAGUGAUGUAAUGAGAUGCUUACACAUAGGUUUAUUGUGUGUUCAAGAGAAUGUGUCAGGUAGACCCACCAUGGCUGCUGUUGUUCCUAUGCUCAAUAGCCAAUCCUGGAGUCUCCCAUCACCUUCACGACCUGCGUUUCUUUUGGACAGUAACGCAGACACAGGCUUGCCUUUAUUAGAAUCCGAUACAGGAACUACUACGCAGGACCAAUCCACAGAAAACACACAACGGACAGCAUAUCUGUCUCCAAAUUGAAAUUUUCAUAGACUGAGAUAUACUCUCAAAAGCACGAAAACUUGAUUGCAUUGUUUGAAAAUUGAUACAAUUUCGAAAGACAUGAUGCUGCACAUGGUUUGUUGAAUGGUAUCUGAUGACCAUAGUGAUGUUAA